ACGACGAAAUUUUAAAGGCCGAAAUAUCCAUGCAUAUUAAUUAUUUUUAAGUUUUUCUUUCAACUGCGAGAAUAUAAAAUUGGUAUUUGGAAUCAGAACCUUUCACUUGGCACACUUAGGAAGUUGUGUUCACUUCGCGACAGAGUUGCGAGCUCACACACGUGAUUAAAGUUUUACGUUGUUAAAAUAAAAUGAGUUCUAUAAAACUAUACCAUUUUAAAGGCAGCGCACCAUCCCGCGGUGCUUAUAUGGCUGCUAAGGCAGCCGGCGUACAAUUUGAGGUCAAAGUAGUAGACUUGUUCAAAAAGGAACAAUUGAAAGAAAGUUUUUUGAAGAAAAAUCUGCAGCACUGCGUGCCCACUUUAGAGGAUGACGGCUUUGUAUUAUGGGAAAGUCGUGCCAUAGCGAGUUAUCUUGUUGAUAAAUAUGCCAAGGACGACAAAUUUUAUCCAAAAGAUUUGCAGCGCCGAGCAGUUGUUAAUCAGAGACUUUACUUCGACUGUGCGACGUUUUAUCCGAGAAUUAGAGCUAUUUGUUACCCGAUUUUAUGGCUUGGCGAGACUGAAAUAAAGGAGUCAUUGAAAAAAGAAUUGAAUAUUUCAUUCGGACAUUUGGAUCAGUUUUUGGGGGAGACCAAAUGGGCCGCCGGCGACCAUCCGACAAUCGCUGAUACUUCGUUGUUUGCGUCCGUUUCAAGUAUACUGGAAGUUGGAUGGGAUAUUUCAAGUUACCCAAAUGUUCAGAGAUGGGUGGAGCAAUGCGCUUCGUUGCCGGGUGCUGAUGAAAACUCAGAGGGAGCCAAAAUGUUCGGCGCUGCUGUACGCAAAAACUUGAAAUAAAAAAAAUAUUUGCAAA